AAAUAAAAAAAAAAUACACCCGCUUUAUUCUGAAACUUCUCCAUCUUCUUUGUCCUUUCAGGCGAUUCCUGCUUCACAAAAUCAUCAUCGAAAUCGAAUCCCCAAACAAACCAAUUCGCAUCCAAGAUGGUUCUAGCGGAAUUAGGAGGAAGCAUUACUCGUGCUCUUCACAAAAUGAACAACACAACAGUGAUCGACGAGAAAGCUCUCACUGAUUGUCUCAAUGAGAUCAAUCGAGCUCUCCUUCAAUCCGAUGUUCGUUUCGAGCUUAUUCGAGACAUGCAGAUUAAUAUCAAGAACAUUGUUAAUCUCGAACAACUCGCCGCCGGUCAUAACAAACGCAAGAUUAUCCAACAAGCUGUGUUUGACGAACUCUGCAGAAUGUUGAAUCCUGGAAAACCAUCUUUUGUUCCCAAAAGAGAAAAAACAAGUGUUGUUAUGUUUGUUGGUUUACAAGGUUCUGGAAAAACUACAACAUGUACAAAAUAUGCGCAUUGUUAUCAGAAGAAAGGAUGGAAGCCAGCUUUAGUGUGUGCAGAUACAUUUAGAGCUGGUGCAUUUGAUCAAUUGAAGCAAAAUGCUACUAAAGCUAAGAUCCCUUUUUAUGGAAGCUAUAUGGAGUCAGAUCCUGUCAAAAUUGCUGUGGAAGGUGUGGAAAGAUUCAAGGAAGAAGACCAUGAUCUUAUAAUUGUUGAUACCAGUGGGCGGCACAAACAAGAAGCAUCCCUUUUUGAAGAAAUGCGCCAACUUUCGGAAGCUACGAAACCAGAUCUUGUUAUAUUUGUUAUGGAUAGCAGUAUUGGUCAGGCUGCUUUUAAUCAGGCCCAAGCAUUCAAACAGAUUGUUGCUGUUGGAGCUGUAAUUAUCACCAAAAUGGAUGGCCAUGCCAAGGGUGGUGGUUCUCUUAGCGCUGUUGCAGCAACAAAGAGUCCUGUCAUAUUCAUAGGAACUGGUGAACAUAUGGAUCAGUUUGAAGUAUUUGAAGUUCAGCCGUUUGUUAGUCGUCUAUUAGGCAUGGGGGACUUGUCUGGGUUAAUAGACAAAAUUCAUGGAGUUGUUCCAAUGGAUCAACAGGCUGAUCUUGUUCAAAAACUGUCAAAAGGAAACUUCACCUUGAGGAUUAUGUAUGAGCAAUUUCAGAACGCCCUUAAAAUGGGUCCUAUGGGCGAGUUAGUUUCAAUGAUUCCGGGAUUUAGUUCUGAGUUAAUACCACAAGGCCAUGAGAAUGAAAGCUCGGCAAAACUUAAGCAUUAUAUGACAAUGAUGGAUUCAAUGACAAAUGAAGAGUUGGAUAGUUCAAACCCAAAGCUCAUUAACGAAUCACGUAUGAUGCGAAUAGCUCGAGGUUCUGGUCGUCUAGUUAGGGAAGUGUUGGAGUUGAUGGAAGUGUACAAGCGUAUUGCAAAGGAGUUCAGUAAGAUAUCUCGAUGUAGGAAUCCACAGGACAUGGUCAAAUCAUUCCCCCCACAUUUGCUGAAGCAAUUUGGUGGCGUCAAAGGGUUACAAGACAUGAUGGGAAUGUUUGGUGGUGGUAGAUAGUUGAUUGGGCAGGACUUAAUAGCGGAGGACAGACAUUUCAUGAACUACGUACGCAAUGUUGAACAGUUUAUACAAAUCAACGGUGUUGGAUUUGCUGUCUGCAAAAGCCUCAAUUGGUGCUAGGCACUUUUUUGCAAUGUUAAUAUUUAUUUAUUUCCUUUGUGCAUAUUGACUUAUUUAGUCUCAGAUAGCAAAAUCCAAGUAAACCUGUUAUAAAUGAGAAUUGUUCAUAAUUGAGUAACAUUGAAAACAAAUGCUACAUUUCUUUCCCAUA